UGUGGCCGCGGAGCUCCGGUUUCUGCCCGGGAGGGGCGGGGACAGUUCGGGGGCGGUGAUGAAGAGGAGGAGCAGCUGGUCUCGGUUCAGUCUGUCGCAACGUUUUCUUCUCUUUGUUUCACACGAAUAGUUCUGAUGGACCCGCAGGGAUCCCGUCGAACCGGAGUGCAGCGGGACUAAGGGCGGAUUAAACCGGCGGAGCAGCGCUGUGGGACGGAUCGGAACCGACCGACGGUCGCUGUUUGGAUCGGAACCCGGAUCAUGGUUCGGUAGGACGGACCGACUCUGGAAACUUUCUCUGGUGUCUCCAUGGAGACGGAAGUUUUUCCCGCCAGCUGAGGAGUUGAUCGGUCUCUGAUCAAGAAUCGAUACUUGUUAUUGAUCGUGUAUUGAUCGGCGGGAUGGCCGCGCUCCCGCUGCUGCUGCUCGUGCUCUGGACCUGCGGACACGCCAAGAGCGCGUUCCCGCUGCGACCUUCCUACAGCCUGUACACCGGCGGGCACGCGCACGGCACGCGUGCGGCAAGCAGACACAGGAAUUGGUGUGCUUUUGUGGUCACUAAGACAGUGAGCUGUGUGGUUGAAGACGGAGUGGAAACCUACGUAAAGCCGGAUUAUCAUCCCUGCAGCUGGGGCAGCGGACAGUGCAGCCGGGUGGUCGUAUAUCGGACCUACAUGCGGCCGCGAUACAAAGUGGCCUACAAAAUGGUUACAGAGAUGGAGUGGAAGUGUUGCCACGGCUACAGUGGAGAGGACUGUACCGAUGGUCCAGCAGGAGCCCAGAUGACCUCGAGACCUGGACCAGGACCAGGGACAAGUUAUGGACCGGGGGAAGGAGGUGGUCAGGGCAGAGGAGGCUACGGGGGAGGCAGUUCUGGAUCUGGACAGUCGGGGGGAACCAGCGGACGAGGAGAGAAUGAAAAGAUGAGGCAGCUGGAGGAGAAGAUCCAGAGUCUGACAAAGAACCUGCUUAACCUUCAGUCCACCCUGAACACUAUGAACGAACGCUUCCAACAGGAGGUCAACAAACCUGGCUUUGGUGGUGGAGGAGGAGGAGGAGGAGUCUCCUCUGGAGGAAGAAACCCUGCCGAUGCUGCUCAGCCAGAGAUUAAAGAGACGAUUCACAGCAUCCAGACCAAACUGGACCAACUGGACAACCGCACACAGGCCCAUGAUAAAACCCUGGUCAGUAUCAACAACCACUUGGUGAAUGGGAAAGGUAACGAGCCAGAUGGAGGUGUGUCUGGAGGAGGACUGAGUGGAGGGAAGCUGAACUCCCUGAAGGAGGAGAUCCUGAGGGAGUUGGAGAGGAGAGUGUCGCUUUCCUGCUCCUCCUGCCAGGCUGGCGUGGAGGAUCUGCGCAGACAGCAGCAGGAGGACCAGGAGAGGAUUCGAGCUUUGGAGAAGCAGCUGAAUGCUAUGGAUGGUCGGUAUCGGCAGACCUUUGAUGGACUCCGACGGGAGGUGGUGCGUUCGCAGGGAUGCUGCGACACCGUCAGAGACCUCCAAAAUCGCAUCACUGAUGCUGAACGCAAGAUCAGCUCUGCCUCAGAGAACUUUGAUGUUCUGCUGAACCGCCUGGACAAGCAGCUGAGUGGUGCCGGCGGGUCGAGAAGAGGAGGUUCGGUUGGUGACGGCGGAAACAGUGGACAGAGCAGGGAUGGCAUGGUGACUCAGGACAACCUGGACAAUCAGCUGAAGGACCUGGAGCAGCGGAUCAACAACACUGUGCAGCAAACUGAGCGGAGCUGCUCAUACCUGGAGAACGACCUGAAGGACUACUUCCACAGAGAACUGGGGGACCUGAGGACUGUGUUCCUAGACCGGUUUGAUGAUCAGGCCUUCAGGAUCGCAGAUGUGGAGAUGGAAGUGGAGCAGGUCAAGAACAAGGUGAGCAACCAUGACAAGAGGCUGUCAGAGCUGGAAAACAAGACAUUUGCUGUGAACCGUAGGUUGGAGGAAUGUAGCUGUGGAGGGUUGGAAGGAGGAGGAGAAAGACGAGGUGGAGACCGAGGAGAUGGAGGUGGAAGGUGGGAACCAGGAGGAGGAGGAACAGCAGGAGGAGAAGCAGAAGGAAGAGGAGGGGCUACAGGAGGAAGAGGAGGAGCUACAGGAGGAGGAUGGGCAGCAGGAGGAAGAGGAGCUACUGGAGAUAUAGGGGGGGGAGUCACCAGUGGAGGAGAGGGUAUGGGGGAAGGGGGUGGAGCUACAGGGCGAGACAGUGGGGGACACUGGGAAGCAGAGGAAGGAAGCAGGGGAGGUACAGGUGGAGGGUUACCUGGAACAGGAGGAGAAAGAGAAAAUACUACGGAGAAAUCUCUGGAAUGGAGAGUGGUGGCCAACGAGGAUCAGAUUCGACAUUUCAACACUCAACUCAAAGACCUGUCGGUGUCCGGAGACUCUCUGUACGACAAGGUUGUGGACCUGAGCCACGACGUCCGUAAGAUCAAGGCUCUGACUGGCGAUCAUGGAGAACACUUUAACCGAAUUGUGACGGAGGUGGAGAUGUUGGGGCAUGACUACGAUUUGUGCAGGAAAGUGGAGGACGAGCUGCAGAUGCUGAAGAAUCAUUCCCAGGAUGCACUGGGACGCAUACAGAGCCACAUCAACAGAAUCCAGAUCAGGCUGGACUCGGAGGGAGACGGCUGCUUUCGAAUGUGUUCAAACCUGCAGGACGAAGUCCGCCAGCUGCGAGAUGAUGUCAGGAGGUGCAUGGGUCAAUGCAAGACCGGUCCGGACACAUCAACAGGUGGUGGUCCUGGUAGCGCUGGUGGCUCUGGCGGUACCAGUGGACACGGGCCCAGGCUGGAUGCUGAGAAGCCUUUGGACGGCCACAGUGUGAUUGGAGGCUCCAUCAACAACAACCAGCUGAAGACGCUGCAGGGUGAACUGUCUGAGGUCAUCCUCACCUUCAGCUCCAUCAAUGACACCUUGAAGGGUCUCGAACACACGGUGCAGAAACACGGCAGCGUCAUCACCGACCUCGGGAACACCAAGGACAAGAUCAUCUCUGAGCUGGACAAAAUCCAGCAGGAGGUCACGGAGCACAACGAGGACAGCCGGGACCGUCUGGAUAAGAUGGACCGGGAUGUCCGGAGGUUCGAGAGCACGCUGCUGGUGGACAUGGGAGACUGUAGAAGGUCUGGAGACGGGCUGGAGAAGAGGCUGUCCAAGCUGGAGGGAGUCUGUGGGAGGCUGGACGGUGUUUCCGACUCCGUCCACAAGAUCAAGGAAGGGCUGAGCCGACACGUGUCCAGCUUGUGGACGUGUGUUUCUGGUCUGAACGAGUCAGUGGUCCAUCACGGAGGAGUCCUGGACUUUAUUCAGAGGAACCAGGAUGAUGUUCACAGCAGGAUGAAGAACCUGAACUCGAGCCUGAACCAGGUCUUCAGAGAGCUGCAGAGUUUCUCAGACCACGACCUGACAGGCCCGGCCCUGCUCAACAGAGGCCUGCCUGGACCUCCAGGACCCCCAGGAGAGAGAGGCUUCAAUGGGUUGCCGGGCCCCAGAGGUCCCCCUGGACCUCCUGGACGACAUGGAGAAAGUGGUGCCCGAGGCCUGCCAGGUCCCAAAGGUGAAACAGGUCUUCCUGGUGCUGAUGCUCAUGUUCCCAGACUCUCGUUCUCUGCUGCCCUCACUGUCCCCAUGGACAGAGCAGGAACCAUUGUCUUUGACAAGGUCUUUGUCAACCAAGGAGAGUUUUAUGACCCAAAAACAGGUAUUUUUACCGCCCCAGUAGAUGGACAUUACUUCUUUAGCGCUAUCCUCACGGGUCACAAGAACGAAAAGAUUGAAGCGGUCCUGUCCAAGUCGAACUAUGGCAUGGCCCGGGUGGACUCAGGAGGCUACCAGCCUGAAGGCCUGGAGAACAACCCUGUGGCCGAGGCUAAGGUCACUCCGGGCUCACUGGCUGUCUUCAGCAUCAUCCUGCCUCUCCAGACUCGAGACACCGUGUGCAUUGACCUGGUGAUGGGCAAGCUGGCCCAUUCUGUGGAGCCCCUCACCGUCUUCAACGGCAUGCUGCUGUAUGAAGACAUGUGACGCUCCAGAGCAACGUCUGAGAAACAACGAAGCCAGAAAACCGAAACAACGCUGCUUCAGAUUUAUGACCAACCCACAGGAGGCGGGCCAGUACACCAUGAUGUCACUUCCUCAUUCAGGAAUGAUUCAGUGACAACAGUUUUUCAGUGAAGCUUCUUGGAAAGAUUUGUUCCUGCAAAUCCCACACUGUCUGCACAGGGACCUGCUUGACUUGUUCUUCCUGAAGAGGCUGCAGGUCUCUUCCUGUAUGGACCCAGCAUGAGACUCUUUAAAUCCAUCUCGUUGAUCUGAUGUGGUCACAUGAUCUGACGUCAGGGCAGCACUGUGACAACCAAUGAUCAGCCGACCCCUGCCAGACCUGCUUUGUUUAAACAGCAGGCUAAAGCACACAAACUAUUGUGCUGAAGAAUCCCAGUGUGCGAGUCUGAAGGGCUGCUGGUGCCCCCUAGAGGCUGCAGAGUUCAUUACAGUCGCAAACGUUUCAAAGAUUUACGAUUAGAUAGUUGUCAUCUCCCCACCCAAGGGUGGUCCUACACCAAAUAUUGUAGAUUAUUUAAAUGUAGGAGCAGAAAUGUUAUCAGGACGUUUAUUGAUCGUCUGACCCGAUGUUUAGAAAUCUGUUUUGGAUCAUUUGAGAGCUACAUGUGUAGACACAGUUGUCUUGUAUAAAGUUUGAGUCCCCCUUGUGGGCAAAUGAGCUCGCCUUCAAGUGUUAAUGCACUGUUAGGAUGUAUUUAAUGACCUGAACAAUAGAAAGACAUUCAGCAGUGUCCAGCCAGUGACUGUCUGCCCCCUCCAGGCUUAUCUUUGGUGACUGUGGCCACAGAGCUCAUUUUGAACUUCCUCCAUCUUGAGAGCUGCUUUGUCUUUUCCAGAUGUUGCUCUGCAGACUUUAGAUGUUUCAUGUGUGAUGAGGAAGCAGGUUCGUUUUUCCAUGAAGUUCCAGUUUGUCUAACCCUCUGCCCGUAUUGACAUAACCCUAAGACAGGCUUUGCUUUGUCUUUCUGUCCCACUGGCUGAGCUGAAUGUUUUCUAGGCGCCAGUUACCUUUAUUUUGAGAUCCUCAGUUGUUGAGGGGAGCCAGUGGUAUUUAUGAUCAGCUGAGAUACUUGUAAUGACGAUCGCCAUACAAGUCAGUGAGUGAGACCGACUGCUCAGAUGUUCCUGUACAGCUGAUUCUCUGACUGGUGGAUGUUAAGAUAUCUGUUAACGAAUAUCUUCUGUGAUUGUGGACCAAAGGAUUGGAUGGACAGCUCACUGCCAACCUUUACCCUGUAGAUCAGAUGUUGCCAUGGUGACACGUGAAACUGUGACUUAAAAUCUGAUGAGAACCAAAGAAAGCUAUGUGCUCUGCAGCUGUCUGCAAGCAGAGUGUUUGUGACUGACAUGAGUUCACAUCGUGAAUAUUUUUCUAUUAAGUUGCACCUUUUCUUGCUUUGUUGGUGUUUUUAUGUUCGACCAAGUUUUAAUUCACAAUCACAAAAUGUCACAUUGAUGGAAAAUGUUCAAAGACGAGGCUGAAAAUACUUCACAUCUUCUUACUGUCAAUGAAUCCCAUUAAAGACCCGUGUUGGGGACAUAUUUAGACACUUUACUAAGUAAUAACACCAUGCUGCAACAGGACUAAACUAUCAUACAUCUAUGGCACACAGCACCUGUCAGCAAGCAGUAGCGCUGGUUGGAGUCCAUACAUGGGUUUUGAUGACAAAAAGAAAUGUUCAGUCUUGUCAGACUUGUUUCAGACUGACGUUAAGCACACGCAGUGGAGAACGAUGGACAACGCACACAGUCAGAUGUUUCCUCUGAUGAUGGUGUUUGCUUUGAGGAGAACUGUGAUUAUUAUGACAACUGUCUGAAUCUAGUAUUUAAAUGUUUCCAUCGUAUAUCUGAAACACAUUCAGCAGCUCCAUCGAUCUCCAUCUGUCGUCAGUCACUGAGCGGGAUGCCAGGAUGUGUGAUGGCUUCACACCAGCAGCCUGUUUGUCACAACUGUCUACAGAUGAAUGGAUGAACUUGUGGCAACAAAUAUUUCUGUCGCUUAUACUCUGAUUAACAUUACCACUUAGAAAAGAGACGUGAAGGGCCGUCCUUCUUCCUCAGUGGAUUUAGGAACUGCACUCUCUCAUGUAAACCUGUUGUUCUCACUUUUAUAUUGAUGGAUAAUUUUCACUGUCAUUAAAGAAAAAAACUGUCAAAUCCUGAAG